AUGGGAUGUCCACCGCACUUCUUCUCUGUGCACGGUGGAGCUCGAGCUCUCACGCCAACUCCACCGUCAGUGACGUCUGCGUCACGUGUCCGUCUCUUCCCUCGGUACGUCCGUCGUAUUUUCCUCCCCUCCACUGCCUGCUUCAACGCUGAGAGCCUCUCGAAAUAAACAAGCGUAAAAAAGAGAGGGUCGUUGCAGGGACCGGUUUGGCUCCCGUGUCACGCUGAUCACCGGCCGAUGGACAGAGGGGGCUUACACCUCUAAGUUACCAUCAGUGAAGCCCAAACCUCCCGUCAGCCCGAGCCCGUAUCAUUGUAAACUUUUUCAACCCUUUGCUGCAUACACUGAGCUCCGACGAAGCGAGGUGAGUGUGCUUUUAUCAUACUCAUUUUCACAAGUGUUUCACCUUCUCCCAAACUUGUGUGUGUGAGCUAUUGUGAAGGCUUACCUUUGCGGGCUGGCUGCGCUUUGGCUCAGCAGUGCUGGCCAGCUGCAUGUCGCCUGCUUAAAAUGGCGACAGCCAACCGAGGGAGAGAGAGAGAGUAGUUUUUGGGCUAGGGGUUUGCCUGCCUCUCAACUCUAAAUCCACUACGAUGUUUAAAACGUAUCACGAGGACAAGCCCAUCAAGUUGGGGCUCACUCCUCCUAACUUGAGCGGAAGAUGAACAGGCAUCAUUUUCGGAAAUGUUUGACGCUGCUGCGCUCAGGGACUGAACGCUCACUUUGCAUGAGAGCUGUUUCACAAAAAUCCCCCUACUUACUCUAAUUUUAAGGCAGAUUUUUAUAGAAUAAUGACAUGAUAAUGUCAGUUAAAGAUUAAAACUAUAAACUAAUUUUUUAUACAUAAGAGAGAUUUUCUUAAUUCUCCUUUUAGCCCAUGAAUGAAGAAGUUGAGGAUCACUUUGACCUACUAUAAGUGAUGACUAAGAGUGUUUUUUUCCGAGUUGCCCUUUAAAAUCAAAUAGGAAAUGUACCAUGGUUAAUUCACAAGCUUGUUUCAUAAAACCUAUUUUAUCAGUAUGUCAUAAGCUUUGCUUUAAAAUCAAUGCUGCAGCACUUUUCUCAAAGUACAAGCAAGAGUUCAAGGCUUAUUUCCCUGUUGCCCAACACUCACUUAUGAGUUUGCAAGCUGUUGUUGCCUUGGUUAUUUAUCAUGUCAGUGUUGUCAUGAGUGUGUGACUCUGGGGAUUAGAGCAAAGCUUUCCCAGACAGCUAGUUUGUGUCUGAUGUGUCCACGUGAGUCCCAGGCAUAGACAAUCAGCUUAGCCCAGCGAUCUAUUUAUCAACAAGGGUUCACCUUUGUUUGAACGCUUUCAGACAUUUAGUUCAUUACAUGAGUUUUAAUUCAUGAUUCACAGCUGAAGAUCGGUACUGCUUCACAAAAGUUUGUUGCAACCACUUGAAUUUGUUAUAUAUAUAUAGUUUUUGUAAAUUUUCCUCAACCUGCUGGUAUUCAUCAUGAUGUGUUGCUGUGUCUGUACAUUGAGCUGCCUCACUCACCUCCCCUUUUUACCCCCUCCCUCCACCCCCUUUCUUCCCUUUAGUUUCAGGUUUGUGGAGUUUUCAUUAUAUGAAAGAAUCAGUCACCCCAACAUUCAUGAUAAUUGUAUUUACGCCUUUCACAUUGGUUCAUUUCACAUCUUUUCCUUGUUUUUCUUUCCCAAUCUUCUUUUUUUAAGCAUUAAAGGAUCCGUUCACAGUUUCAUCUCCUCUCUGUGAUGAUAUUUUACUUCCAGAUCUCCUCCAAGAAUGACCAUAAAAAGCAGACUCAACUGCAGCAGCCUCAGAGCCUUUUCUCACUGUCUUUUGGGAAGAGCAGCGCGCUCCAAUCACACAACCAGACAGAGCGAGCAGGUUUGGGUCAGCAGCAGUAGCAGCCUCUUGCUCUGCUUGGCUGGGUAACAGCUUGUGAAGUCAGCCAUUUUAGGUUGGACAGCACAGAGCAUGGUGCUCCGCCAUGUUUUUUCUCCCUCCCUCCCCUCACGGCAACCCAGUUUUAAUGCAUGUGCACUGGUAGUGGCCACAGCAAUGCAGCCAUCUGCAACCCACAGAGCCGUCCACUCCCUGACUUGAGACCAGCUGAAAGGGGGACUCAAGAGUGGACCCAGUCACUGAGGUUUUCUUACUGUCGACAGUGUUGUGUAAUGUUUGAAACUGGGUUGCAGAGAAGUCCAGACGCACAAAAAGUGUAGCUUUGGCUGCCAGUACAGGUGUGAAUGAAACCUUGGAGUUGAUUGACAGGAGGAGGUUAGUUGUAUCCGUGACUUUUUUAGGCGAGAGAACAGGAUUAUCUGCCAAAGCGUAUGUUGUUUGGGUCCGGAUAGAAAUGGCGAAGGAUUUUUGUUUUGGCACAUUAAAGAGAAAAAAGCAAAGGGUUUUGGCGUAGGUUUGUGUUUUGGCGCAGGCUUGAAAAUUAGCUUGAAGUCACUUGGGGAUAAAGGGGGCUUCUCAUGGAACAAGAUUGCAUCUACCACAUAUUUCAGCUCUGCUUAUGAAUCCAUGCCCAUGUUACCUACUGUGAAUACAGAGCUCCUACAUUUUAGGCUCAACAUAAGGUCCACUGAGAGUGAAGAACAAGGGUGAAGCCCCGGCAGAUGUCUGGACAUGGACUCACGCGCUGAAUGAACAGGAAGAGACGGCACCAGCCAAUAGAGUGGCUUGGUGAUGGCGACCACACCUAGCACGGAGACAUCAACACCGCGUGAGGGAGGCACUGAAAUAGGAGCAGGGCAGGGACUCUCCAAAUACCACUCACAGGGGUGUGUGGAACAAACAAGUCCCACUAGAGCCAAGGACUGGAUGGCAUAGGAGAUGUGUGUAUGUGCGUGUGUGUGUAGGCCUUGGUGUUUACCCACAUGCAUGUGCUUUAGCGAAAUGAGCUGGUGGGAGAGAAGGGGGGGGGGGGGUAGGAGGUGGUUGCCAUGGGGACAGUAACACACCAGUGGCGCUGCCGACCUGUCUCCCUGGGCCAAACUAGCUGGAAGAGGGAGGAGAAGAAGGAACAGAGGGGAGGGGAAGCAGAGGGCGCAGAGAUGGUGGGAGGGGAAGGAGAGGGGAGGAAAAAGAGGGGUGAGGAAGCGAGAAAUGGAGCAGACAAGAAGAGGUCUGCCUGUGGUGUUGUGCACUGUUAACACUGCGUUUGUAACACACACAACAUUACACCUGUAUUCAUAGUGAGGUGAGGAGGGGAACAUGCAGUUUUGCUACUCAGCCAAGCUGGCGUAUAGUGUACGUGUGUGUAUGUGUGUGUGUGUGUGUGUGCUAUUAUUGGCCUGCACUCAGAGGAUAUAACCCAGGCCUAGACAAGAGUCAGGCCAGGGGGAUGAAAAGAGGUCAUGCCACGCUGGGCCAAUGAUUAGGCUUAGAUGAUACAGGUUUUGAACCAAGAAGGACAAAAACAUUGUCUUUGUGUGUCACCGGCAGAUCUCUGACUCUCAAACGAAGGAGAAAAACAAAAAAAAAAACUGGCAGCCUCACUACCUCAGUAAACAAGCCGCACACAGGCAUGCAGGCAGCCACCCCCGCACGCCACAUACACACACACACUCGAGCACACAAGCGCCCCCACCUACCCACCCCACCUCCUCUCUCUCUACACUCUCGAUCUCACAGGAAACCCACACAUGCAAACACUGACACACGGAUAUAAGAGACCUGAACCUGACAUCGGCAACAGACGGUCAAUGCAUGCAACGUCAAAUUAAAGUUCCUGGCUGAUGAGUCGACAGAACCCGUGCGUUGCUGAGACAUGAGCUGACAAUUCUGAAUAGCCAAUGAUAGCUUGGCUUGUAUUGUGCAUUGUUUUAACUCUCACCUGUGUAAGGCUUGUGGGUGUCUGCUGGUUACCUUCAACUUUUGCCUGCAGAUGUUUUUUUUUUUUCACAUGAAAUAAGUGCAUGAGGAGAAUUUGGUCGCCAAAAGACGAUGAGAUGACAUUCUUGAUGACAACACGCUUUUGUUUUAGUCAAGGUAGGCAAUGACACGCAUGUGUGAGCUUCAGGUGGUGUCCACUGGCUGAAGAGCUCGGGUUGGAACAUUCCAGGCUUUGCAGUGCAGCGAGGGGGGGGGGGGGGGGGGAGUAGGGGAGGGAAGGAGUGUGUGAUUGUAGUCAGGAGCAAGAAGGGGGCGUUGAAGAGUGGGGGGUGUGCUGGGUGGGUCAGUGUUGGCUAGUUGGAGGGGGGUACUAGAGGAAAAAAAAAUUCCUCUCUGAAACACCUCAGUGCUUCUUCCACGACUGUUAACACCCCUCCUUCCCCUUCGCCUCCUCACCCCCAAAACUGGCUGCCCAUCCCCCAUCGUUCUCUCUCUCUCUCUCUCUCUCUCCCUCUCUCUCUUCUCCUUUCCUUUUCUCUCGCCUGCCCACCCACACCCAACGGCACCACGUGAUGGAUGGCUGAGACUGCCCACCCAUAAGCUUUUGUGUAGGUCAUGUGACCAGCCUGCCUUGGCAGAGCGGUGCCCCCUGAUGCAGAACUGAAUGGCAGAGGAGCAGGAGGGGUGCGCGGCAGCCCCGGCGAAGGGCAGUUACUCUCUCUAGGGGGUGCGUGGAGGAAUGGAGGAACAAGGGGGCAUCACGUUCUCGCAACAGUGGCAAACUUCCCUCGCUAGUUAACCCCUCGGAUCCCUCUCUCUCAAAACAAGCACAGACGUUCAAUUUGAUAUCAAUCCAAUUAAGUUUUCAUUGACGCUCAAACAAGUCAAAUGAGGUCGGGAAGAGUUUGUUUAGUUGAACGAUGAUACUGACUUGGAGUGAUUCUCACCUGUCUGCAUGAGGCCGUAUUUGUAAUCCGGAACUUUGACAUUUGCAUGUGCCUGUUUGUGCGUAGAUUAUGUCAGAUUGAGGCAGGGUUGGGUUAGUUUGUGAGGUACCUUUGCACAAGGAGGAGCCGGGCUUUCAAGGGGUUUAGGGUUUUCCUGUUGAGCUUCUUGAAGGCGUUGGACUUUGUUGAGCUUUAGCUGCUCUGUGCGUGAGGUGUCAUGUCGGUGCGGGGUGAUUGGAAGGGUAAUUGCCCUAGAGCUGUCCUCCAAAACUGCAUCACUACCCCUCUGGAGGGAGCAGAGUAGGGAGGGAGGCAAGCCGCUGGAAUUAAAAGUGAAAAUUUGGAGAUUGACGUUAUUUUGCUAGUUCUGUCUGUACUGUCUGUUCUACCCUUGAGCAAGAACACCAUUUUUUUCCAAGGGGAACAUCUGUCGAACCACCCACUCGCACCAUUACCCUAUCAGAAGAAACACGUUCAGAAGUGAAUAAUUCUUGGAUAUCUUUAUUAAGGUGUUCAGCGAGGCUACGGAGGCUGUGGAUUAAAAAGAAAAUACAGAAUGUGCUCCUCUCUGUGGGGGUGUGUCUGAACGAGGGGAAGUGAGACAGAGUUGUGUGGGGGAGGGGAAAGAAGGGGGUAGGACAGGAGCUUUCCCAAAAAGCCUCCAGUGAAGGAGAAUGAGCUUGUCUGAAUAACCUCAUAAAUGACAUAGCCUUGAGUUUCAUGGUGCAAGGGAGAUGCGGGAAAAACGUUGAGAUUAGAGAAUGACGAACAACGCGGCGCUUCAGCCUCUUCGUAAGGCCUCAUUAUGACAACAACUACUCUUAAUUUUCACCUGGGAACAUCCAGCAUGUGCACUUUUUCUUCCAGCUGUGGGGAAUCUGUCUUGUCCUGAUGUUUAAGUUUUUGCUCUUCACAUUGUGUCCUCAAAAAGUCACUUUUUUUUUCGCUCUUUUCCAGGUUUUCUCCUGAAACUGCUUUGAGAGCCUCAAGUGGACUCAUGGAUCUGCCCCGCUGCUCCCCCUCCUCUCAACCUGGUCUUAAGUGAACCAGAAACUACCAGUGUUCUCACCCCCACCUCUCCGGCAAGCCAUCUGACCCAGCCUUCCCCACCUUGUGGUCGCACCAUGGCUAGCAAGAGGAAGUCCACUAUCCCUUGUAUGAUCCCCAGUAAGAUCAUACGCCCUGCGGAGGAGGCUGAACGGGGCUCUCCUGCUCCUGUCCUUCAACCGAGGAUUCCUGGUGGGGGCAGACAUAGCCCCCUCAAUCCAGGAGAGUCUUCAAAACCAGAGGUGGGGGACGCUGUGAAAGAUGGUGCUGGCACUUACACCUGUAAGCCUUGUAACUUCGAAACCCACGACCUUAACUUGUUCCUGGAUCACGUGUACUCCGGGCACCCCGACUUUCGAGCAGACCCCAGUUUCUUUUGUGUGAACUGUGGGAUUUCCGCACCCAAGUUUGAGGGACUGGCCCUGCACAACGCCAGGGUUCACCCCAGCACACUGACCACGUCUCUGCAGCUGAGGAAGAAGGACAGGAGGGUAGUGGUGGAGCAGAAUCUGGUGGCUGGGGGAGAACCGGAAAAGGACAGCGAGAUUUCCAUCACAAAAACGCCGAUCAUGAGGAUGCUGAAGGGGAAAUCUGAGCCUAAAAGGAUAGUGGUGUCCCACCCGAUCUCUGAUGAGCCCUCUUUAGACCCUCACUCUAGAGAGAGCGAGAGAAAAGAGACUGCUGCAGUGUCCGUCACCCAUGUUCCAACUAUCGUCCACAACGGGACAACAAAGGUCACUCUGCCCUCAGCGAUCCAGAUCGUCAACGGCUCCGGAGCGUUGCCGAUGCUUAAGACUCCAAUCACGCAGGUCAGUGGUUCUUCUUUCUGUCUCAAAGUGUUUCUGUUUGAUUCGAUAAAAUCUGAUUCUUAAUCUGUUUCCUCAAGGUGGUCUCAGUCGUUCAAAACAGAAACCUUCAUCAGUCUGCAACAGCCUCCACCAAUGUCUCCUCCACUUCCUCGCAAUCAUCCUCCAAAAAUCUCCCCAAGGUAGCAGCAUAGAUAUUUGUGUCCCCUUUCCAAUUUCGAUAUAAUUGGAUUUUAAAUGACGGAGUAAUCUGCGGCUCAUGUUUUCACUUUUUCUCUCCCCCCCAAGGUGAUGAUUCCUCUGAGCAGCAUCCCGACUUACAGUGCCUCCAUGGACUCUUCCUCCUUCUUAAAAACCUCCUUCAGUAAGUUCCCGUACCCCACCAAGGCUGAGCUCUGUUACCUGACCGUGGUCACGAAGUUCCCCGAGGAGCAGAUCAAGAUCUGGUUCACAGCACAGAGACUCAAACAAGGCAUCAGCUGGUCUCCUGAGGAGAUCGAAGAGGCCCGGAGGAAGAUGUUCAACACCAUCAUCCAGACCACACCUGCUGUCUCACAAAACCAGAACCAGAGCCACUGCAGCCCUGCCCAGCACACCAUCACGGUCCUGCCUGCUUCGCUCGGCGCCGCUGGGAUCCCUCAUAUCCUGCAGGGCUCUCUUGUCAGCCAGGGAGGGGUGAUCGUCACACAGCCUGUUAUGGCGAAUGGUAUCCAGGUUAGCAGCGCCCCCGUGGCCUUAGCUGUCACUCCUAAGCCUCAGGCGGCUGCUCGCCCCAUGAUGCAGGCCCGUCCUGCUGCUGCCUUGGUAGCAGACAAAGGCAUAAGCAUGGUGGUGGGGACAGUGGGCAGCAGCAGCAGCACUGGGAACAGCAUCAUUAGCAGUAAUAGUAGUCGGAGUGGGGGAGGAGGAAGCAGCGUUACAUCCAGCAGUCUAGCCAGUGUCAUCAACCUUAGUCUCGGAAGUAGCAAUCAAAGUAAUGCAAAGGAGAGCAGUGUCAGCGGUAAGCACAAAGGGGCCAAUGCGGACAGCGCCAAAAAGAGCAAUAAUACAAGCGGUCAUGUCAGUGCUAAGAACAGUGACGGCAGCAAAGCUAACAACACGAGCGGCGUGCUGAGUAACAACACGGAAAGCAAAAACGGCAAAGAGAUCGAAGCGAGUAAAGAUGACAGCAGAACUGGAAGUGAUGGAAAGAAAGGCAAAGAGAGCAAUGGUAGCAGUGAGAAAAACAACACAACCAGCACAAUCCUAGACGAUGUGGACCCGCCCACCAGUGAUUCUCCAACCUUCAAAAUGGAGGAUGCAUCCUCCCCCGCGUCAAAGUCUUCCUCCCCUGCUCCCUCCAGCAGCACAUCCGGCUCUCGGACUCCUGUGAACUCGUUUCUAGACCCGAGUUUUAACAAGAGCAAGAAGUCCCAGGAGCAGCUAAACGCUCUGAAGGACAGCUUCCAAGCCAGCCAGUUUCCCGACCAGGAGGAGGUGGACCGGCUCAUCGCUCUGACUGGGCUCACGGUUCGAGAAGUCCGCAAGUGGUUCAGCGAUCGGCGAUACCACUUUCGCAACCUGAAAGGAGCUCGCUCCAGCUCAGGUGGACAGACUAAGUCUGGCGGUGCGUCUGGAGCAGGUAGCAGCGCCGCCAACCCUGUGGAUCUGUCUGACAGCAGCAACAGUUCGGGCUCGAAAACCCCCCAGCACAGCUCUGCAGCCCUGAGCCCAACUGCAUCACAGACCCCUACUUCUCCCACUACACCUUCAAGACGGAUCCCCAGACCUCCCUCGCCUGAUUUCACGGCUAUCCGCUACAAGGAGAGAGAACCUCAUCAGGUGAGAUUAGAAACUAGUGAGAGCCGUAAGUGAGAGAGUUCAAUGUUGGCGGAAGUUUGACGAUAAAAAAAUAAACUUGGUGUUUGGGGUUAGGAGGGGAAGGGUCUUUGUAGCACCUGGUCCUCAGGCUGACUCGUUCAAGGUGGAAGUGGAUUUAGAGGUUAUAUUUGUUCUAAUCUUAGUCUAGAUUAUCUCUAAAAAUGUGCAAUCCUUUGUCCAUGCCAUGAAUUUUGAUGACUUUAUUCUUUAAUUGAUAAACAGUCUAAAAAUAAGAAUGAAAAACUUUUGACAUUUUUAAAUAUUUCAGUAAUUUUGAACAAGGAAUCAUCAAAUCAGUCCCCCCUGACUUGUACUAAUGCUCAGUCCUCCAUUGUGUUUAGGUAAAGGCUCUGGAAGCCAGUUUUGCCCUGGACCCUGAUCCAUCAGGAGAGGAGGUGGACAGACUGCGAUGUGAGACCAAGAUGACCAGACGAGAGAUCCACGGUUGGUUCACUGAGAGGAAAAAGAGAAUGGCAGCUGAGAAAAGGAAAGAGGAGGCAGAGCGGGUGUUGAGAGAGGAGGAGGAGGAGGUGGAAGGAGAGGAGAGACAGAAAGAGGACGGUUCGGGAGAACUCAAAGUCAACCCAAUUAAGAUCAAUCUGAAGAUGCUAAAGGUUACAGAAGCCAACGGCAAAGCAGAGGGUGAAGGGUCGGACAGUCCCGCGUUACCUCUUCAGUCCAGCAGCACACCUGUUUCUUCCCCGUCCACAACCCCUAAACCACCACAAUCCUCCACCCCAACACCCAAACCCUCUCCGUCCCCAAAACUCACUGCCAUCCGGGGGAAGAAGACAGCAGAGCAGCUGCAACUGCUCAAACAAGUCUACGCCCGGACCCAGUGGCCGAGCGCUACUCAGUAUGACGAACUAAUCUCAGGUACUGGACUACCCAGACCAGAGGUGGUGCGCUGGUUCGGAGACUGUCGGUAUGUGCAGAAGAACGGGCAGCUGAAGUGGCUCGAGGCUCAUCAGAGCAGCGCUUUGGAAGAGGACCUCAGGAAGGGGAACGAAGAGGUUCUCCUGACUCACCUUGACAAACAUGGCAGGUUUGAGGAGUCGCAGGUAAUUAUGACCCACACUGUUAAUAAGACGCUUUAAAACAACUAAAACCUUAAAAAAGAUCAACCAUGAGUGGCAGGAUUAAAGAUUAGGACAGGCAGGAUUAAUAAAACUCACUAUAAGCUGGUUUUUGAAAUGUGUGGUAAAAACAGAACCAUAUCUCAUGAGUGCAUGUCCUCUGAUUUGUAGCCCUGCACUAAUACAGAUAAUUUACAACCCCCAGUUGCAGGAACUGUCUGAGGCAAGUGGUUUAACCACAGACCUGGUGCGAUAUUGGUUUUCCACUAAGUCCUCUACGCACCGAACGGAACAAACUGCUGCUGUAACUGCUCGAGGUGCAGCCGCUGAGCCACAAAGAGCAGGGUCGUCCCCUCUGGAGCCGCAGACGGGAGGUGGGAUGGAGGAGAAAAUGGAGCAGUCGGUGUGCGGCGUCACAGAAGAGGCAGAGGAGGUCAACGCUGACAAGACUGUGAAUCCAGACUGUAAAGGUAGUCUUUCAUAUUACACACGAGUAAGACAGACCCAGCAGGGACACAAGACACCAUAACUAGAGAUUCCAAUACCAAUACCUGGGCUGAGCGUAUCGGCCAAUAUCUGAUACUGAUCCAAUACUACUGUUGAAUGAAUGAACUGUAUACCUGCCCUGUGAGUGAAGGCACCAGGCUUGACAUUAGCCUAAAUUUACUUCACAUUAUUUAUUAACAAAUAACAAAUUGCACAUGAGCACACAGAAAAAAGAAGUUAGACCUCCAUGUAUUAAAAAAAAAAUAAUUAAGAGAAAAAAAAAGACUGGAUCGGCAUCAUUCAUCCGAUUACUGUUCCGGUUAAUUUGUCAAUAUUGGAGCUGAUAUCCGAUUCAAAUAUCGGAUCGGUGCAUCCCUUACUUUACCAAUACUACUUUCAGGAUGCUUCAGUUAUUGGCCUGUCUAAUUUUCUGCCUGGUAAACCCUGAUCUAUAUCCUUUUAUAUGCAUUUUUUUUUACCUGAGUGAUAGUCCAAAUCCUCAAGAUAUACUUGCAAAGGUAAAUCAGAAAUCUGAAUGUAUAUCCCUGGAGAAGAUAUUUGCUUAGUGCCAGAAUAACCGUCUUUUAAUUAGUUAAUUGAUUCUCACAAACCUAUUGUUGCGACUCUGAAUCCGUUGCGCUAUAGUGUGACAUCAAGUGUGUUUUUUGAAGUUUUAAUUAGGUCUGUGAUUAUGAUGGGAAAACAUGUUGUGAAAUUGCAGUGAAUAGAGAUUGAUAAUUACCACACCAUGUGUAAUCACUUUGAGGUGAAACAUGCAAACACACUGAUCGUACUUACGAGGUAAGAGGCGUGCUGUGACUAAAACAAAUACACGUCUCACACCAGCUCACUGUGUGUAAUCGUGAGGAUUUACGCGUGGAGCUUGUUGUCAUGGCGAUGGAUGUUUUAAUUUCUUUUCUUUUAAUUACUUCAGGAACUGACUGA